GUUCCACCUCGCUGCAGUUUUUUCCAGGCAACGUCACAUCUCCUGAGGACAGCCUGGAGGAGUCCCGCUUUUGCUGAGCUCUGCAUCUUGCCUUCUUCCUUCCAGGGGCUCCAGACCCGAGCUCGGCCGUGUGAGGAGUCCUGCGUGCCCCUGACCAGGCACCCCACUGCUCCUCCAGCCCAACCCAGUCCUGGAGCUCACCUCCAGGACCUGGAGCCUGCCCUCCUGCCCAGAAUGACUCACCAUUAUUUCUAGCUCGCUUGGGUGAAAAGACGAGACAAGAGGAGUGGAGCCGCCGGCAUGUGUAUCUAGGAUUCCUCCUCAUCUGCUCUGCUUGGCAAGAAGGAGAGCUUCGGAGACCUGCCUCUUCAGCCCGGCGAGGCUGUCUGUCCAGCUCUCAGGGAGCCUUCGGGGUUCUCCAGCAGGAGCCCAGGCCAAUGCUACUGUGCUGGCCGGGGCCCUUAGCAGCACCCUGAGCACCCCGCCACCAGGCAGCUGGAAGGUGUAGCGAGAGGCGAUUCUCUCAGACCCAAUUAUGACAGUGGCCACCGGAGACCCAGCAGACGAGGCUGCCGCCCUCCCCGGGCACCCGCAGGACUCCUAUGACCCGGAAGCAGACCACGAAUGCUGUGAGAGAGUGGUCAUCAACAUCUCGGGGCUGCGCUUUGAGACGCAGCUCAAGACUUUAGCCCAGUUUCCAGAGACCCUCUUAGGGGACCCCAAGAAGCGGAUGAGGUACUUUGACCCCCUCCGAAACGAGUACUUUUUUGACCGGAACCGCCCAAGUUUCGAUGCCAUCUUGUACUACUACCAGUCCGGGGGCCGGUUGAGGCGUCCUGUAAAUGUGCCCUUGGACAUAUUCUCUGAAGAGAUCCGGUUCUAUGAGCUGGGGGAGGAAGCGAUGGAGAUGUUCCGGGAAGAUGAAGGCUACAUCAAGGAGGAAGAGCGCCCACUGCCUGAGAACGAGUUUCAGAGACAGGUGUGGCUCCUCUUUGAAUACCCCGAGAGCUCGGGGCCCGCCAGGAUUAUCGCCAUCGUGUCCGUCAUGGUGAUCUUGAUCUCCAUCGUCAGCUUCUGCCUUGAAACGCUGCCGAUAUUCCGCGAUGAAAACGAAGACCUGCAUGGGGGGGGCAUGACCUUCCACACCUACUCCAACAGCACCAUCGGGUACCAGCAGUCCACUUCCUUCACCGACCCGUUCUUCAUCGUGGAGACCCUCUGCAUCAUCUGGUUCUCCUUUGAGUUCUUGGUGCGGUUCUUUGCCUGUCCCAGCAAGGCUGGCUUCUUCACCAACAUCAUGAACAUCAUUGACAUUGUGGCCAUCAUCCCGUACUUCAUCACCCUGGGGACGGAGCUGGCCGAGAAGCCGGAGGAUGCCCAGCAGGGCCAGCAGGCCAUGUCACUGGCCAUCCUCCGUGUCAUCCGCUUGGUAAGAGUCUUUAGGAUUUUCAAGUUGUCCAGACACUCCAAAGGUCUCCAGAUUCUCGGUCAGACCCUCAAAGCCAGCAUGCGAGAGCUGGGCCUCCUGAUCUUCUUCCUCUUCAUCGGGGUCAUCCUUUUCUCGAGUGCAGUUUAUUUUGCAGAGGCCGAUGAGCGAGAGUCCCAGUUCCCCAGCAUCCCGGAUGCCUUCUGGUGGGCAGUCGUCUCCAUGACAACUGUAGGCUAUGGAGACAUGGUUCCAACUACCAUUGGGGGGAAGAUCGUGGGCUCCCUGUGUGCGAUUGCAGGUGUGUUGACCAUUGCCUUACCGGUCCCCGUCAUUGUGUCCAACUUCAACUACUUCUACCACCGGGAGACAGAGGGAGAGGAGCAGGCCCAGUACUUGCAAGUGACCAGCUGCCCAAAGAUCCCAUCCUCCCCUGACCUCAAGAAAAGCAGAAGUGCCUCUACCAUUAGUAAGUCUGACUACAUGGAGAUCCAAGAGGGCGUGAACAACAGUAACGAGGACUUUAGAGAAGAGAGCUUGAAAGCAGCCAACUGCACUUUGGCUAACACAAACUAUGUGAAUAUUACCAAAAUGUUAACGGACGUCUGACGGAAACCCGCUCACAUCCUCACAGCCCAGCGGAAGGGAUGCAGACAUCGCACCGGAGCCCCGUGCGCCUCACAGUGUGGCUCUGGUUCUGCAUGGAGAGCAAUAGUCGUACAAGUGGCUUUCGCUCUUAGGACUUUUGCUUUAGGACACCGAAUACCUAUCCUUGGCUUUCACGCAAGUCUUCAUCACCGGCUAGUGGGUUUCCAAAGACCGCAGUCACCCGUGGCGUGAGGCUUCAGGAAGGCACGGGGAACGCUGGCUACCCCAUGCCAGCGAGGCGACCCACUUCAUCAGUGCCCCCUGUCCUCCCGCAUGAAGUGUCCUCCACCUCCCAUUCUGAGCGCAAGCCCUCUUCACAGAGGAGGGGAAGGGGCUGGGGGGAGGGGAGACAUUAUCAUGGUUUUCCUUUCAGGCUCUAGUAAUGAUUCAAAAGGUCAUCCCCCCCUCCCUCUUUUUUUGCGUUGAAAAGAACACACAGUCCUGUGUGUUGGAAUGAGUGUCUGUGUCGCAGGCUGGGGUGUGUGAAUUGCAGUUGCCAAGCCGAUGCUCCGGAGGCUUGUGUUUCGUAAUGGGAAAUGCUGCAUUCGGCUUUUUCUCUGCAGUGUCAGUGUGAGGGAAGCCCGGAGGAGCGACAGUGCAGACGACCAAUCAGGAGUUGUCAAGUUUCCUGAGACCCACAGGGAGACACUGGCACACCUAGGGAGCUGGCGGCUUUAGAUUUCACCCCCAUUGUUUUUCAGGCUUCAGGGUCACAACAAAAACAAAAACAAACCCAUGGCUGAUUCUUUCAUGGCACUGGGGUUUGCAGCCGCCUGCCGUCCUAGUGCCAUGGCCUGGGCCGCACUGACACUGCAGUGGAAUCUACCAGUGAUGCAAUCAAGCUGCAUGGAUGUUUGUUGCAUGAAUCUCACUAUGUACAACACAGGAGAUAACCUAUUUUCUUAGGAGCCUACACAGUAUUCAGACUUAGAGUAUUAAUCGUCUUGGAAUGACUUUGAACUAGGAUUUUCUUUUCUUUUUUUCUCCUUUUCCCCCCAUUGGAGGGCAAAAGCUGUCAAUCAGGGAAAUAUAUAUAGA